AUUCUGUACAGAAUGCCAAAUCUAGAAAAGUUAUUCUUGUGGGAAGCUAAACAUUUGCUUAAAGAGUCGUCGGAGUCACGUUUGGGAACCGUAUUACAGCUGAAGGAAUUGGUUUUGUCGUUGUCAGGAAUAAAGGAUAUAGGAUUUGAACGAGAACCAGUUCUACGGAGACUAGAGCUUUUGAGCUUAUUUGCGUGCAAGAAAUUGAGGAAUUUGGCUCCUCCCUCGGUAUCAGUGGCUUACUUGACAAAUUUGAAUGUAAAGUAUUGUAAUGGAUUAAGGAAUUUAAAGGCAUCCUCAACGGCAAAAAGCUUGGUUCAACUUAAGUCCAUGAAGAUAAGCGGAUGUGAUGAAUUAGAGGAAAUAGUAAGCAAUGAGGGAAAUAAAGAAGAAGAGCAAAUAGCGUUUGGCAAAUUGAUUACUAUAGAACUUGAGUGGCUAGGAAAGCUGAAAAGUUUUUGCAGUUACAAGAACUGUGAAUUCAAAUUCCCGUCAUUAGAAGUAUUGAUUGUGAGAGGAUGCCGAAUAAUGCAAAGAUUCACGGAGGGUGGCGCAAGAGCACCAAAGUUACAAAACAUAGUUACUGCUAAUGAAGAAGGAAAAGAGGAAGCCAAAUGGCAGUGGAAAGGAGACUUGAAUGCCACCAUACAAAAAGGUUUCAACAAGCUUACACCCAACAUAGAGCACCUGACACUCGGUGAACAUGAACUCAACAUGAUUUUGAGUGGAGAAUUCCAGGGAAACCACUUAAACGAGUUAAAAGUUCUUGCUCUGUUCUUUCAUUUUGAGUCCGAUGUAUUUCUACAACGGGUGCCCAAUAUAGAGAAGCUUGAGGUGUGUGAUGGUUCCUUCAAAGAGACUUUCUGCUUUGAUAGUCUUAAUGUGGAUGAGGCUGGAUUGGUUUCACAGCUGAAAGUGAUAUGCUCGGACUCCCUUACAGAGCUUGUUUCCAUUGGGUCAGAGAACUCUGGGAUUGUGCCCUUUCUCAGAAAUCUAGAAACAUUGCAAGUAAUCAGCUGUUUGAGUUCAAUAAAUCUGGUACCAUGCACAGUGUCUUUCUCCAAUCUGACAUAUUUGCUAGUACAAAAUUGCAAGAGUCUGUUAUAUUUGUUCACAUCCUCAACAGCAAGAAGUUUGGGUCAACUCAAAACAAUGGAGAUAAGUGGGUGUGAUUCAAUGGAAGAGAUAGUCUCUGAGGAAGGGGAUGAAUCAGAUGAGGAUGAGAUAAUAUUUCAGCAGCUCAAUUGUUUGGAACUUGAAGGAUUACGAAAGCUGAGAAGGUUCUACAAAGGGAGUUUAAGUUUCCCGUCCUUAAGAGAAGAGAUUGAGAGAAUAUAUAAAAAUUGA